AUGUCCUGGUUUCGUCCACCUCCACCAGGGACAAAGUUGACUCCUUGGGUUCCGGACCUUAUUUUUAUUCCGAUUGCACGAGCUUUCGAACGUUUCGGAGUGUAUUUUUAUAACAGGGUCCUGAAUAAGACGGAGAUCGGUUUGUUCGAUAAGAGGUGGAACAAAAACGUUCAUGGUCCCUAUUGUCACUAUAGAUACUACGGCAAGCUCGAUACGAAACUUUUUGAUGUGAAACUUACCGAUCUUCCGGCAUGGAUUGGUCGUCGUGAAAAAACUCCAUCUGCAUUUUACAAUGAAGUCAUGAGGAAUAUCUGGAGAGUACAUCACAACUACUACUCAGGACCGGUAUACGGAAGUGUUGGCAUGUCUCGUAGAGGUGCAUUCAUAGUGUUCGAAGGACUAGAUCGCAGCGGAAAGACAACUCAGGCUAAGCGGCUUCAUGAAAAAAUCAACCUUUCGGGAGGCAAGUCAGUGCUGCUGUCGUUCCCCGAUAGAAAAGAACCUUUUGGUCAGGUAAUCGAUCGUUACCUGCGGAAGGAGAUCGAUUUAUCGGAGCGAGCGCUGCACUUAGCAUUUUCAGCGAAUAGAUGGGAGAAGGCGGCAUUGAUAGAAGAGGAGAUAUCCUCCGGAGUCGAUGUUAUUUGUGACCGAUACUGUUUCAGCGGAGUCGCGUAUUCCUUAGCCAAAGGACUAGAUCCACAUUGGGUGAGACAAGCUGACGUUGGCCUGCCAUGUCCUGAUGUUGUACUUUUCUUCGAAGUUUCACCGCAAAUUGCACAACAACGAGGUGGAUACGGUGAUGAACGUCUUGAAAAUGAUCAGUUGCAGCAAAAAGUGUACUCUGCUAUGAAACAGUUGAGGAAGAACUAUUGGCAAGUAUGUAACAACUUGUAUUGUUUUCUAAAUAGUGGAGACAGAAUAAUAUAUUUGCAGAUCAUUAAUGCUGAUGAAGAUAGGGAAGCGGUUGAAGCUGUAGUGCAACAAAUUUAUUCGCAAAUUAGUCGCGAUGGCACUCUUAAGAAAAUAGAUGCGAUCUGA